AACGUUCGUUAAUUUGCGCGUUAUAAUACAAGUUACAAUGGACGUGUAAACGAAAUAACGUCGCGACUUUCUCUUAAUUGUUAUAAUAGUGUUAAAACGACAACACACGCGCAACGAAAGAGGAAAAAUAAUCAUAUGCUGGAUAUAAACCUGAAAUAAAAGAUGUCACUAACGUGGAGUACGUUGCCACUUCUUCCUCUGAGGUGCAUACUGCAUCACCUCAGCACGGAGGAUGCCAUGGCUGCCAUGUCCACCUGCCGGCACUGGAGGUCUGCUCUCUAUAUGUAUGAAGGACGCAAAGAACUCCUGAAACUAAAAGCCAAAUACCUGGAACAGUGUUUGUUCCUGACUCGCGUCUUCAAGAAACACGUGAAGAAACUGCACAUUUAUUUAGACUGCAAUGAGCCCGAGAUCGACAAGUUCAUGACUUACGUGCUUAUGCAAUAUUUUGACACAGUAAAGCUACAAGAAUUAGUAUUCAUAGGGCCAAGCUACGUGCAGCAAAGCAUGCAUCUGCCAUUUAUUAAACUUAGAAGGAUGCUAAUCGAGACGUUGGUGUUCAAAAACGUGAAAUGCAUAAAGAAGCUGAGUUUCAUGGGCUGCGGCAUGGCAGCAGUCAGGAAUGAUAACGAGAGAUAUUCUCACAAGGCUCUAGAGCUUUACGCGCGACCGCUGAAGUUCUGCAGCGUGCAAACAGCAGCCGACACCGUUCUGUCGAGUGUCAACCAGCAACUUAUGCAGAUAUCUUCAUUAACUCACGUGGCAGUAGACUACGAACAAAUAAGCACGGUGGCGCUACAAACGCUGUCCAAGUUACCCCACUUCCGUUUCCUGACGCUGAACAUCACGAACCGUCGCUUCACGCUGCGCCCCAUCGACUGGGACAUACUGCACGACUACUACCGCUGCCAGCUCAGGGUCGCUAUUAACAUUAUCGGAGUGCCAUUCAGGAGAUUCGAUUCCAUCAUAGAUAACGUUCUCAUCGAGGGACUGAGACUCAUCUCGCUGAAAGUAAUGUUCUGCAAAUCUCUAUACACGCCGAUGUUGUCGCACGUGUCGCGACUGUUCCAGACGACGCUAGUGGAAGUGCUGUGGGUGGACACGCCGUACGACUCCACCGACCCCUACCACCGCAUCGUGCGACCGAUGCGACAGCCGCAGCCCGACACAUACACGCACGUGAAUCCGUUCGUACUGUUAUGCUGGCAGUGCAUGCAUCUGCAGAGACUCGUCAUACAUGGCUACUGGAUAUGGCAGUACGACGUGCUAGGCUUUGUCCGACUGCGCAAAGGGCUGAUACACCUCGAGAUCUCCGCUAUAUACAGCCAACAGGACACGUUCAAUAGCUCCGUGCUCAUGAGCGAGGAGGGAACGGUCAGGGUGCUGUGUGGCGAUGAGCCGCCUGAAGUCGACCCGGAGUAUGUGCAAGAAGUAAACGAGUACACAGACUUCAAGUGGAAGCCGGUGUCGUGGCAGCGCCUGCACCCCGCGCUGCGGCCGCGCAGCACGGCACAGCAGCGCCUCGACUACAUCGUCAGCGAGGCCAAGAUACCGCUCGGGGUUGCAUUGUUUUGAAUGGGGCCGCCAAUCUGCUACAGCGGAGGGAAGAAUCGAAUAUCAGCUAAGUAUUAAACGAUAUAACACCGUGUGAUAAUUGUAAUAAAGUCGAAAUUACCGUGCAAGGGGGGACAGGAUUAGUCUAAGUUGGAUAGCUUAUAAUAUCUUCUAACUUUGGAUUUCUAUAACUUAUCUAUCGUUGAUUGCAUAUAGGUUAUAGGAAUCCGCAGUUAAGUCUAUUGUUUCUUAUUUUUUGACUGAUUGCCCAGCAUUUCUAAAAUCAUUUGAAAAAUAUAAUACUUUUACUUGUUGUCUAAACCACAUUGAAUCUCUGAUGAUUAUAAUCCAAUUUAGAUAGAUCCUAAUUGGAUAGGAAAUUAUAAGAUCUUUAAUACGAGUUGCUUUCAGUAUUAAUUAUCAUAGUAACGGAAAAUAAAAUUAAUAAUAUGUUCCACUAAAAAAAUCUGUGCUAUAUUUUAUAGUAUUGAAAGCAGCUAACGAUAUUACAUAAACAUCAAUUGGCGAUUUGCGUUUUAUAGUUUCUUUAUAUCUUUAAUAUUAUACCCGUAGAUGUAGGUAAAAUAUAAAAAGUAUAAAAAAAAUGUUUUCUUGCUCUAUACCUAAGUGUGAAAUUUAUCUUUAGAGCCGAAAAUAUAUAAUGAAAAUCUAGGCCUAAUGGAAAUCUCUUGGAUGGCAUUAAAUAUGUCUUUGUAGGUGUAUAAGUAUAUUUUAUAUGAAUAUGAUCGCAUAUCUUAUAUCUGUUACCCAAUACAAGCGAUCUGAUUACUCUAUGGUACUGUGUUCUAUACUUUUUGG